GGGAAGGGCCCUUUCGCUCCUCCGCGGAGGCCUCCCCUCCAGCCAAUUGCGCUCGAGGUCCGAUAUCGACGUCCGGUCGCCGGAAGUCCUCGUUGCCCCAGCAACUGCGACGUCCGGUCGGCGGAGUUGGCGGCGGGAAAAGAAAAUGAGCAAAGGCCGAGCGGAAGCUGCGGCGGGAGCCUCCGGGGUUCUCUUGAGGUACCUGCAAGAGCAGAACCGUCCCUACAGCGCGCAGGACGUGUUCGGGAACCUGCAGCGGGAACACGGACUGGGCAAGGCGGCCGUGGUGAAGGCGCUGGAGCAGCUGGCCCAACAAGGCAAGAUCAAAGAGAAGACAUACGGCAAGCAGAAGAUAUAUUUUGCAGACCAGGACCAGUUUGACACAGUGAGUGAUGCUGACCUCCAAGGCCUAGAUACCAAAAUCGUAGCCCUCUCUGCUAAGGUGCAGAGCUUGCAACAGAGUUGCCGCCACAUGGAGGCUGAGCUAAAGGAGUUGACUAGUGCCCUAACCACGCCGGCGAUGCAAAAAGAGGUCCAGGAAUUAAAGAAGGAAUGUGCUAACUAUACAGAGAGACUGAAAAAUAUCAAAGCAGCCACCAACCAUGUGACACCAGAAGAGAAAGAACAGGUGUACAAAGAGAGGCAGAAGUACUGCAAGGAGUGGAGGAAGCGGAAGAGAAUGGCAACAGAGCUAUAUGAUGCAAUCCUUGAAGGAUACCCCAAGAGCAAGAGGCAGUUCUUUGAGGAAGUUGGGAUAGAGACAGAUGAAGAUUACAAUGUCAAGCUCCCUGACCCUUGAGAGGCCAGCACUGGGGGAUGGGAACAGAGAUGUCUUGAACUAGCUGCCUUCUUUAGGUUAACUUGUUACUCCCGUGCACUGCCUUUAAGAGGAGCAUAAGCCAGAGCGCUAGGUGGAGAGUGGGAACGCCAAGGACCCAGAGUCCUUCAUCAUACUCAUUGCACUGUUAACAUUUUAGUUGUUUGAACUUAGACUUGGAACAUCCUAAAGGAAAGCAUUUGGCAGAAUUUAUUAUAAUUUUAUAUAAAAAUAUUUAAUUUCCUCUAGAAAAUUAAACCUCCCAAAUACCAAACCUGAGGGAGGAAAUAGGGAACUUGAGGGACAGGGUAGAGAGGCAACUGUAUACAACAUUCAAAUAGCCUGAGGCCUCACUCUGUGGGUUCUCUACACCAGACCCUUAGAGUAUGUUUUCUAUUCCUUCAUUCUGCUCCAAAGUCUUGGGAGGAAUGCAGACCAAAUGCGGUGGAAACCAAGGUACACUUAACAGAAAGGCUGUGCAUAGUUUUGAGGUCCAGCCAAUUUUCCAAAAUUGUAAUGUUAGCAAAUACACUGUUGGUGUUUACAAAAAAUUAAAAAGUGCUACUAUGUAA